AUGAGUGGAAAUACGACAUCCAUUCUAUCAGCAUUCCAUACUUCUGGACCCACAACCAUGUCAUGUCCUUUAUUAGACGGAGAAGACCAUCUGAUCAGGUGGAUCUAUUAUUUGACAGGAAACUGCGUGUAUGGCAACAUCUCUGCCUUUUCUUGGGUAUUUGGCCAUAUAUCAUUUAUAGCCUGGCUGGGAGCCCAGCUUCCACAAGUGGCAGAAAACUACAUUAACCAGUCGGUUGAUGGGUUAUCAUGGGGCUUCCUUCUAAACUGGUUUAUUGGAGAUUUUACCAAUCUACUGGGCUGUCUAUUAACGCAUCAACUUCCUUUUCAAACUCUUCUCGGAUUCUAUUAUGUCAAUAUCGACAUUGUGCUCGGCUUGCAGUACAUCUACUAUUCAUCUCGAGAACAUCGACGUCAAAUCAUUCUCGAUGGCAAGGACUCUUCUGACGAAGAAAGCACUGAUGCUGUAAUCAGUACAGGUAGUGAGAUAUUAGCUCACCAAACUUCGGCACCUAUUGCCAUCUCCAAGAAGACAGUUCGCUCCCUUAGUAGUUCGGGUCUAAAAGCCAUGCUCACCUCUUCAUUCAUCUCUUCAUUUACUAAAGUACGAGCUGCCCCUAUCAGCGAGGUAUCCAACGUUCUUGCUACAGGAGCCACAGUUGCCACGAGAGCUUGGCUUGAUUCUGAGAGUAUUGGCCGAAUGUCUGCUUGGAUAUGUGCUGCACUCUAUGUAACUUCACGCAUGCCUCAAAUCUACAAGAACUUCCGUCGUAAGUCCACCUGGGGAACAUCUAUGCUGCUUUUCUCUGCUGCUCUCACUGGAAAUGUCACAUACACACUGUCGAUUCUGCUGUCACCAGAAGCACGAGGUGCCAAAGGACAUGCUUUCCUCCUGAACGAACUCCCCUUCCUUAUUGGCUCAGCUGGUACCGUCUGUUUCGACAUCACCAUUCUCAUCCAACGAAUGUGCUACGGAAACGAGCGGCCUGAGUUCCGAGACUCUGACGAGCACCGGCAUCAUCACCACCAAUCGCACUCUAGAUCCAGUCGCUCCCACCCCCAUCCCCAUUCACACACCGCAGACUCGGGCUCCUCGACCAUUGCCGGACUCCAUUCCACCACCCCAGCCAUCCACUACCGGUCCUCAACCCACCAACAACCCCUCUUAGAAGACUACGACGACGUCAAUGCCAACGAUACCACCCCACUGUCAAUGUCACUCCAAACCAACUACUCUGGCUAA